AGGGCAAAAGGUGCUGUCCAGAAAGCAGGAUAUAUUGGCCAGGAUAGACAGUAGCUACGUGGAGGACCCCAAUAGGGAGACGGGGGCGGCUGGUGAGUUAGUGGAGGAGGUGGCGGAGGAGAAUAAGUCGCUCCUCUGGUUCCUGCUGAAGCAGGCCCGGCCCGGCAUGGAUCUGUCCAAGGUGGUCCUGCCAACUUUCAUAUUGGAACCGCGUUCGUUCCUCGACAAGCUUUCCGAUAACUAUUAUCACGCUGACAUACUAGCGCAAGCACGCAGCUUAGACGAUCCGUAUUUGAGGUUUAAGUGCGUGCUUAGAUGGUAUUUGUCAGGGUUAUAUAGGAAGCCUAAGGGUCUGAAGAAGCCUUACAACCCAGUACUGGGGGAGGUGUUCAGGUGCUACUGGAAGAACAGAGACGAUGAUACGAGGACAUACUAUGUAGCUGAACAGGUUUCCCACCAUCCUCCCGUGUCAGCGUUUUACGUGUCGAAUAGACAAGACGGUUACGUCAUAGAGGGGAGUCUUUUGGCCAGAUCUAAAUUUUAUGGUACAUCUACGUCAGCCAUAUUGGAAGGCUGCGCGAGAGUACAUUUGCUUCAGUGGGACGAGACUUACAUAACAACGGCACCCUACGCUCACUGCAAGGGAAUUGUCAUAGGCACCCUCAGUAUGGAACUAGGAGGAAAGGUACACAUUAUGUGCAUUGAGACCGGAUACCAAGCGGAAGUGGAAUUCAAGUUGAGGUCUUUCUUAGGUAGCGCUGAUCAAACAAAUGCCAUAUCUGGAAGAAUAAAGAAAGGAAAAGAGACUGUCGCAAGUGUAGAAGGCUAUUGGGACGGGAAAAUAGACAUUAAAGACAAGAAGACAGGGGAGGAGACGAAUUUGUUGGACGUCGCCAUAUUGAAGGAGCAACGUAUGACGAGAUACCUCAUGAGACUAGAUUAUCAACAGGAGUACGAGUCCCAGAGGCUCUGGAUGAAAGUGUCGGAGGCGAUACAGAACAACGAUCAGGUGGCAGCGACCGAAGAGAAGACAAUAGUAGAAGAAGCCCAAAGAUCUAGAGCAAGGAAUCUAGUAGCUCCGUGGGUGCCGCGAUUCUUCCAUAAAGAUUUCCAUUUGCAACCGCCGGAGGGGUUAGUUGAACAAGGAUGGAGAUAUAAUCAUGUUAACACAAGUCCUUGGCAGCCGGAUGAAGAGUUGGAGUACGAGGACUCAUUCGUAAUCAGUAGCCUGCGCGCGUUAGCGGCCGGCAGUCCCGUAGAGUCCCGCGCCCGGGACCCGCCGCGGGACCUCGCGCCGGUGCUCACUGAUUCGGACAGCAGAGAUGAACACGCUAGACCUAAGACCACCACGCGGACGCUCAAGCAAACCCUUUACUCCAUAGACACGACGCUCAGAGACCACACUAAUGCCAUAGAAAAGUUGACCAGGACGGUUGAGUCUCUAUCUGAGGGGCAUAGACAAGCGGUGGCGUAUAGACCGCAGAACGUUGGCAGGAUGCCUACUACGACGCAUUCGUGGGACUUGUUCGGUGGUUUUGUGCUAGCGAUUGUACUUCAAGCUAUCUUAAACUGGCUGUUCUAUCAGAAAGACUGAAACUGAUCGUCGCGUGUGCUUUUAUUCAGAGAUGUGAACACGAGAUUUCAUGAAAUAAAUACCGGUUAACGAAAACCGGUUGUACCGGUAAAACUUAUUUCAAUGGUUUUUUAUUAUAAUAGUAUACAAAUUCAGGAUCAAGAAGAGAGGAUGAUGAGAAAUUGUAGUAAAGAGUAAGCGAGACAGAGCACUGGAAAUUUCUAGCUUGUCUAGUAGUAUAAGGCGUCAUCCAUUUAAGAAUAAAAAUAAUCUUCAAAUAUACAUCAACGUAAAAAAAUGCAUUAGUAUAACAAAUGGCGGCCUUAUUGUUUUAAAGCUAUCUUAGAAAACUCACAUGGAUAUUGUAUUUGUCUGCUCCUAUCUGCUUCUCUCCUCGAUGUUAAAGAAAGUAAGAAUCCUCUUUAAUUAAUAAAUUAUAACGUAUUUAAAUCAAACGUAAAUAAAAAUAAUAUUUUUCAUAUCACAAGUUUUGUGAUAAUAAAUAGAUAGCGCCGUAUAAGUCUUUGAUAAUUUAAUAAUUAUAUAACUAGAUAAUGCAAUUUGGGGUCUAGUGUUAACAAAUGUUAGAUUAGUAUGGAUACGACUAUGAAGUUACAAAAUUUUUACUAUCAGAAUCAGCCUAUUCGUGACCUUUAUUGGGUCGCGCCACGCUGGUCCAGUGCGGAUUAAAUGUUUUCCGAAGCACGGAGGGUUACCGACCCUUAUGGAGGGUUGGAAUUGGUCACAGGAAGAGUGAUCAUGUCAGAUCUUAUUGUUUAUUAAAAAAAAUGCAAUAAUGUAAAUCCUGUUUUACUUCAAUAAACUAAAUUUUAAAAACAACUAUAUUAUAAAACAACAAUUAUGUCAAAACUUUUACUGCUAUUAUCUUAGUAAGAAUUAAAAACUCAGUUUGCCAGAAUUAAAACUAAAUUUAUAUUAGUUUGUACCCGCAGCAUUGCAACGAAUGUUCAUAUAUUUUAUCAUGCUUUUUGGAUUAUAUUAGAUGUAAUAUGACGAAAGAAAGAGCAACGCGGAUAAAGCAUUUUUGAACCAAAAUAAUUUUCUUUUCCUGAAUUCCUUUUUCUUAUUCGCAUUUUAGUUUUUUUUUCUCUCUGUUUCAUCAGUAAGAUGUUUCCUGCUGCGUCUGUAAUCGGUAAUCACCCACCAAUCCGCACUGGGCUCACGAUGUCGGUUACAGCUUAAGUGAUUCCAUAGGCUACGUCUGUGCACUUAUAGUGGGGAUUUUAAUACGUUAAUGAUGAUAAAUAAACCAGACUGAAAUGUCAUAUCCAUGCUAAGAUAUCGUUAUAAAGUCCCGGAUUUUACAAUAUUUGUUAAUAAUAAAUUAAAUGAACUGUAUUUAUGAAUUUUUUUUCAGAAAUUAGUUGUUCCAAAUUGUUAUUAUAGUGUUAAAAAAAAUCUUAAAAACAAAAUUCACUCGUCAUUAAGAGCAAUAUCAAAAAGGGCUUAUACGCAUUGUAGCUACCUCACGACUUUAGUGCUUUGCAACAAACAUUUUCACCAUAAAGGUAUGAGAUGUCAUAUUUUUGACAAAUAUUAUGCUUUAUACGUAUUUAUAUUAAGGUUCAUAUUUCAAAAUAAUAUUAAAAUUUAAUGAGUAUCAUUAUAGGUCGUAUUAUACUUAUUUCUAUACUUUUUCUCUUUUAUCAUUUACUUUGUUUGUUUAUUUAUUACAUCAAGAUUGUAAUGGUUGCUUCGUUUUCUAAAUUUAAAUUAAAAAAAUAAAUGAAAUUUAAUUAUAAUAACUUUAAAGUUGAUUUUGACUAAGCUGUCGCUAAUUGACGUCAAAAAAAGUGUAGUUGUAUUUUUAUACGCUAGUAUUGAUUGUAUUAUAAUUUGAAUCAAAGAAAAUCGGUGAU